GAAGCUAGUAACAGAGACGGUUGAGAAACGAGACACUUCGGUUAAACUUACCAUCGUUUGUUAACCGGCGCCCGAAGCGAAAAGCAACUUAUUUUACCAAAAAAACCAUUUUUCUCCACCAUGUCUGACAACAACUCCAAGCCGAAGUCCAUGAGCAGAGCGAAAGGAUGGACGGCCGAUGUGGAAAACCUAUUCAGAUUCCAGCAGGCAGGCUACAGAGAUGAACUGGAGUACAUACAAGUCAAACAAGGGGCCUUGAUCGACAAAUGGCCAGAGACCGGCUUUGUGAAGAAGCUCCAGCGUCGAGACGACACGUUUUAUUACUACAACAGGAAGAGGGAAUGUCAGGACCGGGAUGUCCACAAAGUCAAAGUCUACGCAUAUUGAUAGUGUGCUGGACUUGUGAUACGGAUACUUUAAUGAAGAAAUAUGACCACUGUGUUUUCAGUAAAUGGAUUUUAA